UGUUUACUUGUAUUUACUCGUAUUGUUUCAUCACUAAUUCCUAUUACCAAAAGCCCUUCGAUCGAAAUAAUGUAUAUUGCGAUGCUAAUUAUAAAAUAUGGUUCCAUUUCUGUAAAGUGUGCAGUGUUUAAAUUGUAAAAAUACAAAAGUUUGUAAAUAACAUGCUUACUUACAUGCAGACGACUUGCUGUGAGUAGCGUGGAUUCAUUGUGAAAAGUGUCGGAGGCAGUUGCAUAAAGAUAUUUUGGCAACGAAAUUCAAUUCGUUUUUGUUUACAAAUCUUCAUUACAUUCCAAGGCUACGGUUCCCUAAGUGCGUGCCGUCUCUAAUCCACCAUCGGAUACAGAGCAAUUUGUAGCAUCUGACGGUGACAAUGAGUUAGACACAGCAGCCAAAGACACAUCAAAUCCACACAGAAAGAAAAUCAAAAACAACCAUCCAUUAUCCAUUCGCUUUUGGCUUUAAGGUUAAAGUAUUUGACAAAAAGUACGGACAUGGCUGCUGCGGCUCCCAAGAAACAAGAUGACAAGUUUCUGCAGGUGCUGCGAGAGUUGGUGACAUAUGGUGGUGGCAAUCGGCAAUGCUUCGACUGUGGCCAAAAGGGCCCAACAUACGUCAACAUGACAAUUGGAACGUUUGUAUGCACACGAUGUUCAGGAGUGCUACGCGGUCUUACUCCUCCACAUCGCGUAAAAUCAAUAUCCAUGGCCACAUUCACACAAGAUGACGUCGAUUACUUGAAAAGUCAUGGAAAUGAUGAAUGCGCUAAAACCUGGUUGGGCCUUUGGGACCCAAAGCGAGCCGGGCAUCAAGAUCAGCGCGAAUUGAUGAUUGACAAAUAUGAGCGAAAACGAUACUAUCUGGAGCCAGCUAGUCCGCUAAAAUCGUUGACGAAUUCAGUCACUCUUAAGACGGGUUUAAUGGCAGGAGUUGGAGCAGAAGUACCUACGACAUCUAGAGCAGUAGCGGCUGUGGCAGCAGGGGCGGCAUCUAAAAUAGCAUCAAAUGACAGCAGUUCAUAUAAGAACAAUAUUGAUGAUCAUAUUGACUUGGUGAAGGCGGGAAAUGGCUCCGGGAAAAAUGAGCAAAGCACUAGAAAUCAGUACCGUCAACAAAAUACAAAUGCAGAGCGAAGUUUCCAGCUGACGCCGCCUAGCACGCAGCGUACCACUAUGAAUGGCUUGCACAAGGUAGUUACUGGGGAAACGGGUUCAACAGGCGGCUCGGCAACAACAGUGACAGCAAUAAGUCGGCCGCAACAGCAACAUCAGCAAAAUGAUUAUAAUCAUCUUCAAAAUGCGUUUAUGCAACUAUGCAAUAACAACAAAAACAAUAACGUCAGUAACAGCAAUCGCAAUGAGUUGAAUGUUUUGCAUAUGACAACAAGUAGAAUGUCGGAGGGCAGCAGUGCGACGAGUAUGAACGGGUUUGGUGUGGACACCGAUUUCGUUGCAGAUUUUGGUUCCGCGAAUAUUUUCGAUGCCACAACGUCGAACAGCAGUAAAAUGAGUUCGCCACCAAAAAUGAAUAUAGGCGGCAGUACGAUAACUAGCAACGGGUAUGCUAAAAUAAAACCGCUGAAGAAACAGCAGCAGAAACAAAAACAUCAGCUGUUGAAAGGCCCUGGGCAAACGAAUGGAAACAUGUCUCAAAGUAAUUCCAUUGGCAAUGGCACUUCCGCGAAUUUUGCAGACUUUGAUCAUGCGCCCAUUUUCAAUGCGGGCGGUCAUUCGAUACCAAAUUACCAAUCACGUUCAAUUUACGCCCAACAGACUAAUAGUGAAACCAACAAUAACAACACCGCACUUAACUCAACACCCAGCGCAGAUAGAUAUGCGGCCCUCAAAGAUCUAGACGAACAAUUACGUGAAAGCAAGGCAGCUGCAAAAGUUGUAACGGCAUAUCGCAUGGAAAUGUUUGGCAAGAAUGGCAUACAUAGUGUAGCUAACUCCUUCAAGAAUGAGCAGGCAAAUCCGUUCCACGGUACUUCUCCAACAAAAGCACAAAACUAUUUUAGUCAAAUGGCAGUGAUAUCGAAGGGCAAUGACAUAACUUCACAGCAACCAACAACAAACACACACUGUCACAGUAUUAGUAAUAAUAAUGCAAUAGCGACAACGUGUACUGCGGCUGACAUGUUUCAUCUCACCGUAGUGGCGUCUGGUCCGAGCGGCUGUGGAUUCAGGUUGGGUGCACCACAACCAACGGCGAUAACAGCCACUGCCGCGGCGGCGGGAGAAAAUUCGAAAAUCCAUUUACUGCAACCAGCACAUUGAACUCCAACAAUCCGUUUUUAUGAAAUAGUUGCGGCAGUAAUAAUGAGUCAGAGAUGAAGCACUACUAAAUACAUAUUAAAAUAAAUGGUCUUGCAAAUACAAAUCUGUAUAGCUAUGUAUACAAUAUAUUAGGAAUAAAUUACAAAUUAAAUAA